AUAAGUCAUCAAGUGGAGAAAAGAAAGUUUCCCUUCAGAAAUAGCAACAUUCCUCUUUUCAGAACUUCUUUGCUUAGGAAAAAUGGUUCAACAGGAAUUCAGAAAGGGUCCCUGGACAGAACAGGAAGACUUCAAGCUGGUGUCCUUUGUUGGAAUGUUUGGAGACCGUAGAUGGGACUUUAUAUCUAUGGUAUCAGGUUUGAAUAGAACAGGUAAGAGUUGCAGGUUAAGGUGGGUUAAUUAUCUUCAUCCUGGCCUUAAAAGAGGGAAGCUGACACCCCAGGAAGAGCGCAUGGUGCUGGAACUUCAGUCCAAAUGGGGAAACAGAUGGUCAAGAAUUGCUAGCAAAUUACCUGGGCGCACAGACAAUGAGAUUAAGAAUUUCUGGAGAACCCACAUGAGGAAGAAGGCUCAGGAGAAAAAGAAAGGAUCAUCAGCAGUUCCAUCCCCAACACCUUCCUCAAUAUCCUCAAACAACAAUCAUGGGGAGGAUUAUUCACAUGCUUCCAAAAAGGCUGGAGAAGAAAGUUUCUAUGACACAGGGGGGUAUGGUCAUCCUGCUAUGGUAGGUUCAAGUUCAACCCAAGUUAAGGUAGGAGGGGGAAAUCAUCAUGAUGCUGAACAAGAAAUCUCUAUGGAUGAUAUAUGGAAAGAUAUUGAUCUUUCAGAAGAGAACAGUGAAGAAGGCUGCAACUUUUCUUGUCCACCAAUGCCUUCUCCAUCAUCAUGGGAGUAUUCUUCAGAUCCUCUUUGGGUGAUGAAUGAAGAAAGCAUGGUGUUCCCUGCAAGUGACACUUAUUUUCUAACAGGCUAAUCAGGAUUCUUUUUCCAAUCAACAUUUCGUUUGUUCAUAUCAUGUGUACUAGUACUACUACCUACUUUCUGAUAUAGUCCAAUUAACUCUGUAUAGCAUUGCACGUUUACGCUUUUGGCAUCUUAAUACCCUAGUCGGACACAGCUGUAAUAGUCUCUAUUCUUGAGUGUAGUUGCAGUGCUUUUCCUUUCAAAAGCAUCCAAUAAGAUAGGGAGUUGGUAUGUCUAGAAUGUAAAAUAUCAAGCACCUGUUUGCAUAUUCUAAGUUUCUAAUCUUAUCUACACUUCUAUCGA